ACUGCUUCACUGAUUACAAGAUCCAGAAAGCCAUUCCAUGUGGAGCCUACAAACAUAGUCAGCGUGAACGAUGACAUGCAAAGAGUCACUGAUGAAGCUUCAGCAAUGAAUAAGCGGAUUCAUUACUACAGCAGGCUCACGUCUCCUACGGAUAGGGCACUGAUUGCUCCUGAUCACGUACUUCCAGCUCCUGAUGACAUCUAUGUGUACAGUCCAUUAGGAACUGCUUUUAAAGUUGACAGUUGCACAGAUGGCCAUGGUAAAAACUCCAGUAUAGUGACAAUAUUUAUGAUAUGGAAUACAAUGAUGGGUACAUCUAUAUUAAGUAUCCCAUGGGGAAUAAAACAGGCAGGCUUUACUUCUGGAAUCAUUCUCAUCUUAUUGAUGGGCAUUUUGACUCUUUACUGUUGCUACAGAGUUGUGAAAUCACGGAAAAUGAUACCUUUAAUAGAUACCUCAAACUGGGAAUUUCCAGAUGUUUGCAAGUAUUACUUUGGAUCCUUUGGUCAAUGGUCAAGCCUCUUAUUUUCUAUGGUAUCACUUGUUGGAGCCAUGGUUGUUUAUUGGGUGCUUAUGUCCAACUUCCUGUUCAACACUGGAAAGUUCAUAUACAACUUUGUUCAUGACAUUAAUGUAACAGAUAUUGUUCCUGGCACGAAUGGAAGUAACAAAGUCAUUUGUCCAAGUGCUGCUAGCAGUCACCCACCACAGAACAGGAGUGUGGUGUUCUCUUCUGGCAACAGUACAGGUUUUGAACUCUUCGAGGAAUGGUGGGACAAAUCACAGACAGUACCGUUUUACCUGAUUGCUGUUCUUCUGCCCCUGCUAAAUCUGAAGUCUCCAUCCUUCUUUGCAAAGUUUAAUGUCUUAGGUACUGUUUCCGUUGUCUACUUAGUUUUUCUGGUUACUGUAAAGGCUGCUCAUCUGGGAAUCCACUUAGAAUACAACUGGUUUACAGAGAAUGAUUUCUUUGUACCAGAGUUUAGAAUUCUGUUCCCUCAGCUCACAGGGAUUCUGACACUUGCCUUCUUCAUCCACAAUUGUGUCAUCACACUUCUUCAAAAUAACAGGAAUCAAGAAAACAAU